CCACAGCGAUGGCUCCGCUGGCUGAGAAGAUGACCUCGCUGCUCGCCUACUGUAACGAGUGCCGCCUGUCGAAGAAGCUGAUCGUGGUCACCGUGUUCGUGGCUCUACUACUGGACAACAUGCUGGUCACGGUGGUCGUGCCAAUCAUCCCUGACUAUUUCUAUCGCCUUGAGCACCCAAACUUCACCGGUGACUCUGGCUAUGACUGGGUCGGCCACACGGGUUACUACAAGCUGCAAAAACAGGAAAACAACAACCCUGUGGCAGAGGCUUACAGCAUGGCGAACAGCACUACCACCGCGCAUGCGCUGGAUGAACACGUGACACAGACGCAUGGUCACGUGACCGAAACAUCCGGGGCUUACACGGAAGAACCGCAGCGAAACGAACACGACUGGGACCUCAUUCACGAGAACAUCAAAAUAGGACUUCUUUACGCGUCCAAGUCAACGUUGCAACUGCUGGCAAACCCCUUCGUCGGCCCUCUGACAAACAGGAUUGGAUACAGCAUACCGAUGUUUAUAGGAUUCAUAAUCCUGUUCCUGUCAACAUUAGGGUUUGCCUUUGGGACAUCAUAUGCUGUCCUCUUUGUGUCCAGAGCGAUGCAGGGAGUCGGCUCAUCCUGCUCCUCUGUUGCAGGGAUGGGUAUGCUUGCGGACGCGUAUCAAGAUGAUGCUGAAAGGGGAAGUGUGAUCGGUAUGGCCCUGGGAGGACUGGCAUUCGGAGUACUGAUUGGGCCUCCAUUUGGCGGCGUCCUGUAUGAGUUCGUCGGGAAGAGCGCCCCCUUUCUGAUCAUUGCAGUACUGGUGCUCUUGGAUGGAGCUCUCCAGCUGAUGGUAUUGAGACCGAAUGUGAAGACAAAGGUGGACAUGAUCGGUGACCCCCUCCACAAGCUGCUGCGGGAUCCGUACAUCCUUGUGGCGGCAGGUACCAUCUGUUUUGCCAACAUGUCCAUCGCCAUGCUGGAACCCUCCCUGCCGAUCUGGAUGAUGGACACCAUGGACGUGGGCCAAUGGCAGCUCGGUGUGGCGUUCCUACCUGCCAGCAUCUCCUACCUGAUUGGGACUGCCUUAUUUGGUAACCUGGCACACAAGAUGGGAAGAUGGCUGUGUGCCUUGUUGGGGAUGCUGCUGGUCGGGGUCUUCUCGUUUGUGGUUCCGUUUGCCAGAAGUCUGUCUGGGCUGAUCGUGCCAAACUUUGCAAUUGGGUUUGCAAUCGGAAUGGUGGAUGCGUCAAUGAUGCCAAUCAUGGGGUACCUCGUGGAUCUGAGACACGUCUCGGUGUACGGACUGUCUACGAAUUAUUCUACUUACCCUCCAUGUUUACGUUUUUCGCUUCCAGGCUAUUCUGUACAGUGAGGAAUGCCCCAUGCCGACCCAGCCGUAUACAGUCAAGGACCCGGUGCAGUACAACUUGGACGUAAAGGAACUCUCAUCUGA